GCGGCUUCACCAUCCGCUCCGUCGCCAUGCGAGCAGCUCUCGAAUUCAGCACAGGAAUCGAGCGGAAGACGACUCCCAGGCGAAGCGCAGAGGAAUUUUGAUUCCUAAACCUCUCAGCUUGUUGAAUCUUCGUGGAGAAAUCGGUGUUCCUUUGGUUUCUUCGGCAAAAGCUGAGAUUUUGCUUGUCACUGGUUUGGUUUUCUUCUAGUUCUAUCCAUGGAGACGAGUCUCAGAUUGUGAUUUUUGCGAUGGAUUUCGUUUCUCAAAGGAUCCCGAUUUUUGUAGCGUUUGAGACUCUGCCGAUCUAGUUUCUCGAUCCUUUCUUCUCCUCGAGUUCUCCAAAAUCAGCAUCACGUUGGUUUCUUUUGUAGUCUACUUCUAGGGUUUGAUUUUAGAAAGAAAGAUGCGAACAUUAACUAGUUCUAUCCAUGGAGACGAGUCUCAGAUUGUGAUUUUUUCAAUGGUUUUCUUUUCUCAAAGGAUCCGGUUUUUGUAGGGUUUCAGACUCUUCCGAUCUAAUUUCUCGAUCCUUUCUUCUCCUCGAGUUCUCCAAAAUCUCUAGGGUUUGAUUUUAGAAAGAAAGAUGCGAUCAUUAACUGGUUUGGUCAUUGGUUUGAGCUUGGUGUCAAUUUUCCUCUUCUUUGCUCUGGUUGCAACACUCUACUUGGUCUGGAGGAAGAAGAGAAUCAACGCGGACAUCGAUGAAAAUUGCAGCAUCCCACUCAAAAAGCUUCAGUAUCCCUUCUUUUGGACCUGGAAAAGUCCAUCACUCAUGGCUAUUCAUCAGCAAGAGAGGUCUGCUCCAGUGGAUUUAGCCGCCCAAUCUGACCAACUUCACAAAAACCCUAGCAAAGACACCAUAGAGGCAGAGAUCCUGAGGCUCUACAGCCUCGCAGGCCCUCCGAGGCUUCUCUUCACAAUCAAAGAGGAGACAAAGGAGGACCUGGAGUCUGAGGAUGGCAGGUGUGGAGGAAAGACCCUAAAUGAUCUGUUCAACUCCUCUGAUGACACCCCAUUGUCCACUUCCCACUCCGCGAGUCCCUGCACAAGAAAUGGAUACAAUUUCAACCGGGAAGACGACUUCACCAAGAUGUGGUCCUCGCCGUCGCCCAAAUUCAAGUUCUUGAAGCAUGCUGAGCUUAAAUUUUACAGGAAGUUGCUGAUGGAAGAGGCAGGAAAGGCUGAUGCAAAUGCCGAGAUGGUUAACGACUUGGAAAAGCAAAACAUGGGCCGUGAGCAAGAAGGUGAUGGAUCUAACUUCAUUGGCAUAGUGAUUGGGAAGAUCAGAGAUGGAGAGAAGCAUCAACAUUCAAGUUCCUCACAGGUUGCCUGCAGCAAGAUAUGCCAAUUCCAGCUAGUGCAAUUCACUGUUGUGGAAUAAGUGCUGUUUUGUAGGGUUCUUUAGGUCCACUUUGGUGUCAAGGGUGUUCCAUGAUGCAUGUCGGUGCCUUUGCUUGACAGUUCACCCGAAGAAGAGCAUGAUCAAGGAGACAAGAAACAUGCCUUCCUUGCCUUCAUUUAGUUGUAGAUUUUCAACUCGCUUCCCUAAUUUUGUCGGCCUAAUUAAGGAGCACAGGAUACUGUGGAGUCAUGAAUGGUCUGUAUGAAGAGAGAAUCAUUAUUGAUCCGGUUGACAUUGGGUUGACUCCUUGAAGUAUCCACGACUGAGCUCUUUUAGUAGGUCGGAUGCGUGUCAACUCGGCUCCUAUCGGAUCUUGUGGUUAUUGAGUCGGUAGUUGUCGGGUCGAGCCACGCAUGGACUUUGAUGAUGGUCUCUAGCGACGAUGACUAAAAUGAUUGAAAAAGAUUAGAAAGGAGGUCAAGACGACCUCUAAGAAACCCCUCUAACACUCAAGUUAGAUUUUGAAGGAAAAUUGAGAGGAGGAGAUAUUGAAGUGAAAAAUAGUAAUGUUCAAUGUCACAGUGUACCUCUCAAUGUUGCCACCGUUACCUUAUAUAGGGAGCGAAGAGGUGGUUAGGAUUUCCAAAGAACAUGCAUCUUUCCUGUUCCCAGAAAACCUUUUGUAACUUGCGUUAUUGUAACUGUCAAGUUGCAUUCGAACUCGGUCUUAGAUCUGGCUAGUUGGACUUAACUUGGAUGUGACUUAGGCAAACUUUAGUCGAGCUCAGUCAUGAGUUGGCUGUCUUGACCCAAGUUCGGUCCUGAGUUGGCAGAUUAGAUCUGAGUGCAUUGAUCAAGUCCUGGGCAUGGUUGACUAGAGUUAAACUAGAAAGAGCUAGUUCGACUGGACUUGAGUUCGUCUUAAGUCGGAUUGAUCCAGAUUUGCAUUGAUCAAGUCCUAGAUUUGCCACGUGGUCUCUAUAGUCGCCGCCACAUCAAUUAUGGGGGAAUCCUCUAUAGUCGUCAGGUUCCAUUGAAUUAAGUCUUAGUCUAAAUUCUAAAAGUCUUAGUCUAGUUGAUCCGAAUGGUUGUAUAGGGAAAAAGUGUUGUUUUGUAGAUUUUCAAAGUACUUUCCUUAAUUUUUGUUGAAUAUAGUUAAUGAUAUAUAUAUAUUUAGUCCCACAUUAAAAAGGAAGGAGAAGUUUGAUAGACUUGUUAAAGGAUGUACAUUAAAUAUAUUGUAUUUAAUUGGUUAUCAAGUGGAACAUAUUUACAUAUAUAAAUCAAAGAUAGACACUUGGGACAUAAAAAUUAAAUUUGGAAUUAAGCACUGAAAGGUUUGUCAAAGGUUGCAUAGUUCAUUAUAUAUACAUCAUAUAAUCAUUUUUCAUUCUCUAUAUUGUCUCGGAGGAAUUUAUAGUUUUGUUGUCCAUAAAUUUAUUAUAUUUUGAGUAUUUUGGAGGGAAUUUGUCACGCUCGAAACAAAGUUUUGUCAUUAAAUUUUCUUCUAACAAUUUUAAGGAAAUUUUGGAUCCAUUUUUUACAAUGGAAGCCGCUAGUUCAAAGUCUGUUUUUGAUGCAUUCAAGUUGGCCGUUUCGAUGGGAUGAACUUUAAUCAUUGGAAGGACAAAUUGUUCUUCCUCCUCAUUGAAUUGGGUGUCGUGUAUUUGCUACUGCAUGAUCUACCUACGAUUCUACACCAACCGAUAAGGAUAUUGAUGAGAUCAAAAUAACUCGAAAGAAACGGGAAGAGGAUGAAGUUCCCUGUAGAGGAUACAUCCUAAAUGCCUUACUAGACAGGUUAUAUGAUCUCUUUAGUUCGAUCAAAUCUUCACAAGAAAUCUGAAAUGUCUUGAAGAACAAAUACACAUCUGAAAACAAUGUAUGAUUUGAAGAUUUCACCAUAGACCGACUCAUAAACCGGAAAGAAAUUGGUACACACUUCUGAAGAUUUCACCAUAGACCGACUCAUAAAGCAUAUUCGAACUGAGGAAGAAACUCGAAUUUGUGAUAAUAAAUUUGCUUAUGAGUCUGGUUCUAAGGUUAAUAACGUUAAGUCUAAGAAAGCAGGAUAUUCUGGAAAGAAAAGAAAUUUUGCUGAAACUUCGUCUGAAAAUUUUGCUAACAAAAAGAAAACCAAGACAUGUUACUUCUGUUGAAAGAAAGGCUAUUACAAAAAUGAAUGCAGGUUUUACAAGAAACUAAGGGUGGAGGGAAAUGCUGGAUAAAAAAACUGUGAAUGUUUUUAAACGUUCAUCAAGUCCUCCUGAUAAUAUUUUGGAAAGAAAAGAAAGUUUGCUGAAACUUCAUCUGAAAAUUUUGCUAACAAAAAGAAAGCCAAGACGUGUUACUUCUGUGGAAAGAAAGGCUAUUACAAAAAUGAAUGCAGGUUUUACAAGAAACUAAAGGGGGAGGGAAAUGCUAGACAAAAAACCUGUGAAUGUUUUUGAACGUUCAUCAAGUCCUCCUGAUAUCGUUGCUAUGAUUGUUGAUCUUAAAAUCAACAUGAUAACUGAAUGCAACAUGGCAACAAAUGGAAAUUUUGCUGAUUGGUGGUAUGACUCCGACGCUUCAGUUCAUGUUUGCAACGAGAAAAGUUUAUUCAAAAACUAUGAAUUUGCUGCAAAUGAAGAAAAUGUCUUGAUGGGAAAUCAUGAUACGAUCAUAGUGCUUGGAAAAGGAACUAUUGAGAUGCAAUUUAUUUUUGGAAAGAAGAUGAUCUUAAUGAAUGUACUGCAUGUUCCCGACGUGAGGAAGAAUAUGAUUUUUACAAGUUUGUUAUGCAAGAGGGGAUUGAAGUGUUAUAGAAGCAAAUAAACUUAUAAUUUUUAAGAAUGGUGUAUUUGUAGGACAGAG